UCGUAACGUUGUACAAUACUGUACCUAUUAGCUAUUACACUGGUACAUGUUACUACUUUAUAUGGAUAAAUGAAAACGGCAUUAAUUUUAUAGACGAGACACACACAAACCCCUUUGUUGGACAUGAAUAGUUCCUCCUACUUCUCCUUUUAUUCUCCUUCUUUCUCUCCUGCAUUUAAAAACACCAACUAAACAUUACCAACUUCACAUUUCUUCAUAUCUCAAUUACUCCAUUCACCUCUUCUUUCUUUCUCUCUCUCUCUUCUAAACCAAAAUUUCACACCCAAAAAAUUAAAAAACAGCUAUUUAUUUCAUUGUACUGAUGUUCUUCAUAUAAUGCUGUUCCCUUAAAUCCUUACAUUUUCAGAAAUUCCAAAAAAAUAAUUUAAAAAAAAACAGAGGGAUUUUGUUUUAAAAAACAGGGGAGAAAGAAAAAACAGAGAAAUGAAGUACAUUCGAUCUGGAAGUUUGAAGAGGUUGUUUUCUAUUGGAAGGCGUAGUACAAGCAGCAGUAGCAGCUUAGAAGAUUCUGGAAUUGAAGAAGAUAAUAAUAAUAAUGUUAUUAAUAAUAAUAAUAAGCAUAAAAGUAAUGAGAUUGAGUUUAUUGAACCACAUCUUUUUCCUAAGAAACCCACUUGGAAAUGUUACUCCUUUGAAGAAAUCUUUGCUGCUACCAAUGGCUUCUCCUCAGAUAAUUUGGUGGGAAAAGGAGGGUAUUCAGAGGUAUACAAAGGAGAGUUAAAAAAUGGAGAAAUGGUAGCAGUGAAGAAGCUAACAAGAGCAACCAAUGAGGAGAAGAGAGAGAGAGAGUUUUUAACAGAGAUUGGAACAAUUGGACAUGUUUUUCAUCCAAAUGUUUCUUCUCUUUUAGGGUGUUGUAUUGAUAAUGGUCUUUAUCUUCUUUUCCCCUUCUCUCCUAGAGGCUCUGUUGCUUCUGUUCUUCAUGAUCAAAGUAAUCCACCGAUGGAGUGGGAAGUGAGGCACAAGAUAGCAAUUGGAACAGCCAAAGGGUUACAUUACUUGCACAAAGGGUGCCAAAGAAGAAUUAUUCAUAGAGAUAUCAAGGCCACAAACAUUUUGUUAAGUGAAGAUUUUGAACCACAGAUUUCUGAUUUUGGCCUUGCCAAAUGGCUUCCAACCCAAUGGAGUCAUCACUCAAUUGCCCCAAUUGAAGGAACGGUCGGAUAUUUGGCACCUGAAUAUUUCUCCCAUGGGAUUGUUGAUGAAAAAACAGAUGUUUUUGCAUUUGGAGUCUUCCUUCUAGAACUAAUUUCCGGGAAAAAACCAGUUGAUGCCUCUCAUCAAAGCUUACGAAGUUGGGCUAAACCUUUCCUCAAACGAGGGGAGAUUGAGAAAUUGGUUGACCCAAGACUUGAAGAUACCUAUAAUGAAAUUGAAUUAAGACGAAUGGCUUUUGCCGCUUCUAUUUGCAUACGUUCAUCAACUAAUUGGCGCCCUACCAUGAGUGAGGUACUUGAGAUGUUGAUGGGAGGGGAGAUAGAUGAAGAAAGGUGGGAAAUGCCAGAGAAAGAAGCCCAAGAUCAUGAUCAAGAGUUUUGGGAUUUUGAAGACCUUGAAUUUGAGUGUGAUUCUUCAUUCUCCACAUCAAUACAUGAAGAUUCAAUUUAUACUGGAAGCUUGAAUUGAAUUAUGGCGGGAGAGAAGAUUUGAAAAUUGCGAUAGUUUUCAUGUAAAUAAAACAUAAACUUUGUAGGAUCAUGAAUUUAAAUGUUGUAACAUAAAACUAUAAAUGAUUGAGUUUAUUAGACAAAAAUUAUGAGAGGUUAAUUUUAAUUAUGUGGGGCGCGCUCCUAGUGUUACAUGUUACAUACUCGGAUUUAAGAAUAAUCUCGAUUGAUUUGUACGUACAAAUUACGAGUCAAAAGUUCGUUAGUCCUGUAUCCUAUUGUUAGUUUGUAGUGCUAUAUCAAAAGUUAGUAAGCUCUUGUACUCCCGUGUAGUAAAAGUAGUUGUAAUAGUAUAAUUAGUAUUGUAAAUGUCCCUCUUGUUUUGUUAACACUUAAUUCAUUUUACGAGUAGUAGGUUUUAAACA